GACGGACGGGCUCCCGGGACGCCUGGGCAGCUGGCCUCCUACCGUUGCCCCCAUGCGGAGCCCCUCCUUUCUCUCGCGACGGCCGCCGCCGCUGUUCCUACUGCUGCUGUCGCCGUGGCCAGUCUGGAUCCAGGCGCCCCCCGCAGCCGCCCCCGCGGCAACCCCGGGCGCCCCGGACUGCCCCGAGGCGUGCGCGUGCGCGCCAGAGGGCCAGGCCAACUGCUCCGGGCGCGCGCUGCCCGCCGUGCCAGGGGGCCUGAGCCAGCGCGUGCGCGCGCUGCUGCUGGACCACAACCGCGUGCGUGCGCUGCCGCCCGGCGCCUUCGUGGGCGCUGGCGCGCUGCUACACCUGGAUCUGCGCGAGAACGGACUGCGCUGGGUGCACGCGCGAGCCUUCUGGGGCUUGGGCGCGCUGAAGCAGCUCGACCUCAGCGCCAACCAGCUGGAGGCGCUGGUGCCCGGCACCUUCGCUCCGCUGCGCGCGCUUUGCGUCCUCUCUCUGGCCGGGAACCGGCUGGCGCGUCUAGAGCCCGCGGCGCUGGGCACGCUCCCGCUGCUGAGCACGCUCAGCCUGCAGGACAACGAGCUGCCUGCCCUCGCGCCCGCGCUCCUGGCGGGCCUGCCCGCUCUCAGCACGCUGCGACUGCGCGGCAACCCCUGGGCCUGCGGCUGCGCGCUGCGCCCACUCUGCACCUGGCUGCGCAGGCACCCGCUGCCCGCGCCAGAGGCCGAGACGCUGAUCUGCGUGUCGCCGGGACGCCUGCCGCUCAGCCCCUUGACCGCCUUCCCCGACGCCGCCUUCAACCACUGCGCGCGGCCCCUUGCCGCGCGGGAACUGGCCGUGGUCUACGCGCUCGGGCCCGUCUCCUUCCUCGCUAGCCUGGCCGCCUGCCUGGCGCUGGGCUCCAUGCUUACCGCCUGCCGCGCGCGCCGCCGCCGCGCCGCCGCCCGCCGCCCGCUGAGGAGUCUGCCGGAUCCCGGUGCCGGCAUGGCCUCGCCUGCGGCAGUCGCCGCCGCCGAAGCCUGAGCGGGCCGCGGCCGCCCUCGAACCUUCGCCCUAUCCCCUGCCCUCCUUCGCACUCCCUGCAGGCGUCAACAAGCGACACAGA